GAGAACCCUUAACCGUAAUGUUAAUAAAAAGAACAGUGCUAAACUUUUUCCCGGCUCCUCCCAAUGACUCCCCCCACACUUCCAUUUUUCCAAGGAAAAAAAAAAGUUUUAUCCUUAAACCAUCAUUAACUUGAACGACAUCCAACCUGAUGUUCUGUGAUCCCCCCACGAUGACACAGUCGUAGCUUCGACGUUGUAGCAAAAUGUCUCCCAAAGUGCCCGGCGGCCAGGGCAAAGGAGAAUAUUCGGCAGUUCAAGUCGCAGUCCGAGUGCGUCCGCUGCUACCGAAAGAACUUCUCCGCUGUCACGAGAGCUGCAUCACUGUGGACCCGGAACUACAGCGGGUCACCCUGGGUCACGACAGACACUUUCUUUGUGACUUUUUAUUUGAAGAAACGUGCUGCCAAGAUGAAGUUUAUUCCGAAGCUGUCCAGCCGCUUAUCGAUGCUUUCUUCCAAGGUUUCAAUGCAACAGUCUUUGCUUACGGUCAGACAGGCUCAGGCAAGACUUACACCAUUGGAGAAGCUAACAUAUCAUCAUUUCGAGAUGAAGAGCAGGGCAUCAUUCCCCGCGCUGUUGCCGAUGUAUUCAAGCUGCUGGAUGAGAACGACCUCACGGACUUCUCUGUCCGAGUAUCCUAUUUGGAGGUCUACAAAGAGGAAUUCAAGGACUUAUUGGAGGUGGAAACUGCCAGCAAGGACAUCCACAUUCGGGAAGACAAGGGCAAUAUAGUGCUGUGUGGGGUCAAGGAAUGCGUAGUGGAGGGUCUCGAUGAGGUGUUGAGUUUACUGGAAUCGGGAAACACGGCCAGACACACUGGCGCAACUCAAAUGAAUCCAAACUCCAGCCGAUCGCACACAAUUUUCACCUUGUACAUGGACCAGCGACGGGGAGGUUUGCGUCUCUACGGGAGCGCCGCUGGUGGCGGACCCCAAAUGUUGUCUUCCAAGUUCCAUUUUGUGGACUUGGCCGGCUCCGAGCGCAUCUUGAGAACGGGCAACACUGGAGAAAGACUGAAGGAGAGCAUACAGAUUAACAGCGGCCUUCUUGCCCUCGGAAAUGUUAUCGGAGCCCUCGGGGACCCAAAAAGGAAAGGCUCUCACAUUCCGUAUCGAGAUUCGAAAAUCACAAGGAUUCUCAAAGACUCUUUAGGCGGAAAUUCCAAAACCCUGAUGGUAGCCUGCAUCAGCCCAUCGUCGUCAGACUUUGACGAAAGCCUCAACACACUCAACUACGCCACGAGGGCCCGCAAUAUUCAGAAUCGGGCCACAGUCAACUGCAAGCGGGAGCCAGAUCGCGUAGAAGGACUGGAGCAACAAAUCAAGGCUCUUCGCCGAGCCCUGGAAAACCGCCACCGCUCAGAGACUCGCAUCAUUUCUCACGCCGAUCCCAACAGGAGGCUGCGACUCGGCGAAGGCGAGAUCAGCAGACUGCAAGCGCAAGGGGCCCACUAUCGAACCUGCACAGACACUGCCUACAGAUUGCUACGCGAGCUGCAAAGUGAAGGGGUGCUGACGACGGAACAGAGUCUGAAAGUCAAGGAGUGGCUCUGUUCCGUGGAGGAGGAACGUAGUCGUCUGACGACCGCAUCUGGACCCGACAGCGGUAUCGAGAACAGCUCCACAGAGGAUAGCCUUGCUUCAAGAAGGGAAAGGCCUGCAGUCAACAACCAGGAUUCCGAUUCUUUGGAGAAGUGGAGCUAUGAGCGCGACUGUGCCAAGGAUGGAGAGAAGGAUGAGACUGUCGUCCGGCUUCAAGCGCAGGUCUUGCGUCUGGAGAGGGAGAAUACUGAUUUCCUGGCAGCUCUGGAGGAUGCUAUGGAGCAAUACAAGCUGCAGAGUGAUAAGCUUCAGGAGCAACAGGACCUGAUUGCAGAGUUGCAGUGUCUGCUAGCCAGUCCCGACGUGCGCGGCUUGGGCCUUAAUUUGUGCUCACGGCCUCACACCGCCCCGAUUAGCUCCGUGCAACAAAGCCAAAAUGGAGGCUCACAGGGUGAUAUUCUGGAUGUUUCUCUCUGUAAUGAGCAGAUAAGGUCAAGUGCGGCAGAAAUUCAUGGGAUCAAUGAAGACGGCGCGCCGUUUAACCAUCCCAGAGUGAGACAAAGGCAGGUGAACCAAACCUGGACCAAGAAAGACAUGCUCUUGGGUGGACGAGCAGUUGGCGGUAGAGGACUAACAUCUCAGCUACUUGAGCUCGACCAACGCCCCAAUAUAACUAGAAAAGCAUCCAACUCCAGUGUGGGUGACACAUCUGUACGCGAUGCUCUGAGGGGCUUCGAAGGUGUUUCGGAGUCGGGUCUUCUUCAGGCCCAGCAGAAGAUAAGGGAGCUGUCGGUCACUAUCCGCAUGAAAGAAGAGCUCAUUAAGGAGCUGGUCAAAACUGGCAAGGAUGCUCAGUCCUUAAACAGGCAGUACAGUCACAAGAUCACAGCUCUGGAAAGCGAAGCCGUGCAGGCCCGGCAGGAGCUCCACGAGGCCCAAAGGCAACUCCAGGAGCUGGAGAGGCAGGAGAGAGAGAUCAGUGCAACAGACAAGACCAGAGCUCAGGAGUGUCGACGGAAGAUUGCGGCCGCUCAGAGCAAAGUUCAGGUUCUCAGUCAACGUCAAAGGGAUACGGCCCAUCUGGCUAAUCUGCCAGCGCAAAGCGAGCGCCGGGUGCUCGAGCUGGAGCGAAGUGUUCAGUCCAUGAGGCAGCAGCAGGAGCUUCUGCAGAAGCGACUACGUCAGGAAAGUCAGCAGAAACGCCGUCUGGAGACUGAGAUGCAGCGCAGAACUCACCGAGUCAAGGAACUGGAGAUAAAGAAUGAGCAACAGCAAAAGAUUCUGAAGAUCAAGACUGAAGAGAUCGCCGCCUUCCAAAGGCAGAGACGCAGCGGCAGCAACGGCUCGGUCAUCUCACUGGAGGAGCAACAGAAGAUAGAGGAGCAGAAACGCUGGCUGGAUGAGGAAAUGGAGCGUGUACUGGAGCAAAGACGAGGACUCGAAGGUCUGGAAGGCGAACUCACGAAACGAGAGGAAAUCCUUGCCAAGAAAGAAGCCCUGCUACAGGAGCGCAGUGGUCUGGAGACCAAGAGACUUCGUUCCAGUCAGGCACUGAGUAAAGAUCUGGUGACUCUAACAGGACGCAUCGAGACCCUUGAGCACGAGUUGAGCGAGAGGAACGGUCUCCUUCGCAGCAGCAGCGCUCAGGACUCGCAACAGAUUCGUCAAGAAAUCUCCAACUUGCGUCAAGAGAAAGAUUCCUUGCUUAAACAGAGAGUGGAGCUGGACGAUAAGUUGCGCCAAGGAAACCUUCUCUCACCUGAGGAGGAGCGAACCCUCUUCCAGUUGGAUGAGGCCAUCGAAGCUUUGGAUGCCGCCAUCGAGUACAAGAACGAGGCCAUCACCCAAAGGCAGAGGCAGCUCAGGGCAUCAGCCAGCAUGUUGUCCCAGUGGGAGAUGAAUCUGAUGGCUAAACUCAGCUACUUGUCGGCCUCUGAGACAAGAGCUUUGUUGUGCAAGUAUUUUGACAAGGUGGUGUCGCUGCGCGAGGAGGAGCGUAAGCUACAGCUGGCGCUCGCCGAGCUGGAAAUGCAGUUGGACGAACAGCAGAGGCUGGUUCAGUGGCUGGAGAACGCUCUGGAUCGCACGCAGCUCGACACCGACCGUAGGCUCACGCAGCAGCAGAAGGAGCACGAGAGGAGCGUGCAGCUCUUACUGCAGCAGUGUCGAGAGCAAAUGGACGAGGGCCUGGCAGGAAGGCAGCGGCAGUACGAAGGAUGGAUUCACGGCCUCAGCAAGGAGCUUAACCACUACAAGGCGGCAAAUCUUGAACUAAGCAACAAACUAAGGGAAUUCUGCGGCUCUUCCAGUCAGCCAAAGGAGCAGGUCAAAGUGGCGCCAUGUAACGGUAAACCACUCGCUGUCAGUAGCAUGGACAACCAUGGGGGACGAGGGACGCCAAUGAGUGAAAAACCUCCAAAGUCCAGAGAGGAAAUGCGGGAGCUGGUGAAUGCACCUCUUCCAUCCACAUGGAGGCGCUCGUCUCUCCCCACCGAGGAGCCCGCCCUCAUGGAGGAGCUGUGGCUUCCAACGACCCCCGACGGUCCCGUCAACCGAGUAGUUCAAACCGGCUUGAACUCGUCCAGCGUUGGGACAUCCCUGCCCGCUAUGAAGUCUCGAAGGGAAUCCCGCCGCAGCAGCCUUAAUGUGGGACCACUCAAUUCAAACAAUGCUUUCAUAGACUUGAGGAAGAAUCUUGCCUGAAAAGCAUUUUAGGGGUGGUACAAUGGCUUUGAAAUUGUUCACUAUGGUUUCUAAAAGAAUUGUUUGCAAUUUUAUAUAUUUGUAUUUAAUUGUUUAAUGGACUGAUUUGAAUACAAAGCACUUUUACUAUUGUAGUGUCAGUUUUUAAGAUGUUUGAGGGUAUGGCUAUCAAAGCUGAGGUCAGUCAUAAAAAUGUUUUUUUUUUUUUUUUUUUUUUUAAAGAACUCA